AACCUUUCGUCGUGCCGUGUGUGUUUUUAAGUUCCUGGUUUUAAUUCAUGAUUUUUUGCUGCCAGCAACCGAACCGAGUGGACUAACCUGCGAAAACAGAGCCAGCAGCUGAAACUGCCAACAUGAGCAUACCCAACGAAUAUAUUGCAAAGACGGAGGAUGUGGCGGAACAGGUUAUCAAGCGCGGCAAAAAUGUGCUGCCAACGGUUGCCCGCCUCUGCCUCAUUGCCACCUUCUUCGAGGACGGGCUUCGGAUGUACUUCCAAUGGAACGAACAGCGCGAGUACAUGGAUAUGAGCUGGGGCUGCGGCAAGUUCCUGGCCACCGUCUUCGUGCUGAUCAAUCUCCUGGGCCAGUUGGGUGGUUGCGGAAUGGUUAUGGCUAGAUUCAAGGUUGACAUCGCAGUGGGACUGCUCUUCUUCAUCGUCGUGCUACAGACAAUAGCAUACUCCAUUCUGUGGGACUUCCAGUUCUUGCUCCGCAACUUUGCUCUGAUUGGUGCCCUGUUACUCGUUUUGGCCGAAGCCCGGAUCGAGGGACGCAGCCUGUUUGCCGGUGUGCCAUCGAUGGGCGACAAUAAGCCCAAAAACUUCAUGCAGCUGGCUGGCCGCAUCCUGCUGGCCUUCAUGUUUAUCACCCUGAUCCGUUUCGAGCUGAGCGUGUGGCAGGUCAUCCAAGAUAUCAUAGGCUCCAUUCUGAUGGUGCUCGUCGUGCUCGGCUACAAGACGAAGCUGUCGGCCCUCAUCCUGGUAGCCCUACUGACGGUGCUGAACCUGUACCACAAUGCCUGGUGGACCAUUCCGUCCUACAAGCCACUCAGGGAUUUCUUGAAAUACGACUUCUUCCAGACGCUCUCGGUUAUUGGUGGCCUGCUCAUGAUCGUGUCCUUGGGCGGCGUCUCCAUGGACGAGCACAAGAAAAAGUGGUAGGGCGGGCAGAAAGCUACCGCUCCUCGAACGAAACACUUGAAACAAUUGACUUUUACCGUGUUUUACUCUUUCCGAGAAAUGUUAGUUAGGAUUUUACCAUAAAAUGGGACAACAACAGGAGCAGCAUCAGCAGCAGCACAACGCCGGCACGUAUAAGAACUUGACAAAUUUCAAUAAAGGGACCUUCGCAAUACCCUCC